AUGUCCACCGACCCCCAACUCGCGGUGGAGGCAUCGAGCUCCGCGAUCACGACGGGGGUUGUCAUCGCCAUCAUCGCCGGUGGACUCGUCUUCCUCGGGGGGUGCGCCGCGGUGUUCCUCAUCAUGAUGAGGAGACGGACGAGCCACCGGUACCACUUUGUCGACACGUCCGUGACGGAUCGGCCACCGCGAGCAGGGGCGCCGGCGAUCAUGACUGUCGGGAGUGGGUACGCGCCGCCAGCGCAGGGUCUGUCUAUGGCUCCGCCGCCUGGCGCGCCACCUUCCGGUCUCGCUGCUGGGUCAGCGAUGGCCUCCUUUUGCCUCGCUCUUCAGACGCAGCAGUUCGGCAGGGCCGACGCAGACUCGGACACCGGGGGCGGGGGCAUGAAGAUCUCCAUGGCCGCCGCCAUUGGCAUCCUCGCCGGCGCCGUCGUCGGCGUCGCGAUCCUCAGCCUUUGUCUCAGCGCCGUGUUCGCGCGCAAGCGGCGUUACAAGGCUCCCCCACCCGCGCCUCCUGCCCCAGCGGAGGAGAAGAAAAGGCCGGUAAGAGCUGAACAGCCGCCUCCGCCGUACCAGGCGCAGACGCCGCAGUCGCGGCUUGCGCGCCCGCGCCCGCGUGUCGAGGAACCGGCGGAGGUCAUGGUGGACUCGCGCUUCUAUUCGCGUCUGCGCAAUACCGACGGCGCAUACACUCAGCGUCCGUACUACGAACGCACCAUGCCGCCCUAUGAGCAGCAACAACAACAAGGGUACGCGCCACAGCGACGCCCGACGUAUCCUCAGCCGUACCCUCAGCAGCAGCCCCCCUCGUACCGCUCCCCUCCACAGCUGUCCCCGUACGGCCCACCGCGGCGCGCAGGGACGCUUCCUCUCACCAGACCACCUUUGGAUCAGCAGUACCCCCAGCAGCUCUACGCGCCACGCGCGCCGUACCCCGACCAGCAGCAACAACAACAAUAUACACCCUUUAAUCCACAACCAUACGCGCCCCAGCCGCUUCAGCAGUCCUACGCACUGCAAGAGCCCUACGCCUCACAGGUCCAGCCCUACGGGCCGUCCCAAGGCCCGCAACCGCCAUACGCCCUGCCCCCACAGCAGACGUACGCGCCCGUCCAGCAGCUGCAGUACGCGUCCGCUCAGCAACAGCAAUCGCAGCCGCCCUACGCCACACCUGCAACGGGCCUGUCACAACCCGGGCCGCCGUACCCCCAGCCACGGCGACACGCGCAGGCCGUCAACGUCCCCCCCUCCCGACAGGCGCAGAACCCCGCCCCCGCCCCCGUCCCAGGGGAGCUCCUCCCGCCGCCUUUGCCCGCGACGACGGAGGUCCCCCCGCCUCCACCGCCACCCGGGACGGCCCAGCAGCCGGCAGGGCGCGACGUCGCCGCGGCGCCGCCGCCGAUACGUGCGCCGCGCGCGCGGCGGCCCUACCCCGCGUUCAUGCGGCCGUCCGAGCAGGGCGGGGGCACGGCGCGCGACCGCGACGGACCGUUUCCUGCGAUGACGAUGCCGCGCACGCCGGCUACGCCGCACUAUGCGGGGGCCAGGGCCGGGGCGCAGCAAAGCUAUUGGCAGGUCGUUCUGCGUACUGCCUCGCGCACGCGGAAGCCUGUCGUGCGUCUUCGAACGGCGUUGCUUGUGUCGCCCGCAUCGGUGGCACCGACGUCGGGCCGCUGCCUUGCGGUUGCUGGGCGUCGGGGUCGUGGCGUGCGCAUCCGCGCCACCAAAGCGCAACUGAGUACUUCCAAAGCCGCGUCGCUCAGCUUUCCAGGCCGCUCACGACGGCCAGAGAGCCAUGCGCGAAGCGAAGUGAUCACGGGUCUUAUCGAGUCCAUCGCGAACGACCUGCGGCGCGCCGUCGACGACAUCCCCAAACAAGGCACCGAGGCGUUCGAAGAGGACGAGGAAAGCGUGGACUAUGUUCAUUAUGAGAUGACCUUUACCGACAUGCUCUUUGGGGCGUUGAAAUUCGUCGAGAAUAACCCCGAAGACUCCCAGGCGCACCCCCGGCGUGCGUUUACGAUUCGAGCCAAUGAAGCGAGGCGCUUGCGGGACCUCAUGGACAGGGUCAAGCAGGGCGUGGGGCAGGUGUGUAGCCGGCUCAAGCAACAGGAGGCGCUCUUUGGAGAGGUGUUCGAUGGGCAGAGCUCCAAGCUCCAAGAGGAUAUCCGGGGCCGCAUCGCUGCAUUCGAGGCCGACGGGGACGACGCUGAUGGGGCUGAGCAGAAUCGACACUAG